AAAAAAGAUGGCAGCGAGUGUCGACGGCUGUCCAUCGGAUUUAAUGUGAAAAUGGCGCAUUAUGUGAUAUUUUCACAAAAUUUAUUAAUAUUAAGUGAAAUAUUGUGUAGUGUUUCUUUGUGAUAGUGAAUUUUACAUUAUUGACAGUGAUACUGGUGUGUAAAUUGGAGAACUCUCUGCUUUCCUAGGAUAUUGGAUUACACAAAAUAAAGGCAAAAUGGUGGUGGGCGAGAAUAAACGUACGGCCAACAUAAUGGACGGCAUAGAGAACACCGGCGACGUCAGGCUGCACGACCAUCGGCUACGGUUGAAGCAAAGAUUCGACAUAGUAAGAAAGCUAGGCCAAGGCACCUACGGGAAAGUCCAAUUAGGUAUAAACAAGAAGACUGGACAGGAAGUGGCGAUCAAGACGAUAAAGAAAUGCAAAAUCGAGACCGAAGCGGACUUGGUACGAAUCCGACGGGAGGUGCAGAUCAUGUCAUCGGUCAGGCAUCCCAAUAUUGUACACAUUUAUGAAGUAUUUGAAAAUAGUGAAAAGAUGAUUUUAGUAAUGGAAUACUGUUCGGGCGGUGAACUGUAUGAUUAUCUAAGUCAAAAGAAAGUUUUAGAAGAGGACGAAGCCAGGAGGUUAUUCCGACAGAUCGCAACCGCUGUAUACUAUUGCCAUAUACAUAAAAUCUGCCAUAGGGAUUUAAAAUUAGAGAAUGUUUUACUCGACGAGACUGGUAGUGCCAAGAUCGCAGACUUCGGUCUUUCCAACGUGUUCAAAGAGACAUCUCUGCUGGCGACAUUUUGCGGGUCUCCUUUGUACGCGUCGCCGGAAAUCGUCAAAGGCACUCCGUACAUCGGACCCGAAGUUGACUGCUGGUCCCUGGGCGUACUCCUGUACACGCUGGUGUAUGGGGCGAUGCCCUUCGAUGGCUCCAAUUUCAAGAGGCUGGUUCGUCAGAUCAGCAACGGGGAUUACUACGAGCCCAAGAACCCGUCUUCUGCAUCUCCUCUGAUCCGCGACAUGCUCACCGUGGACCCUUUGAAGAGAGCAGACAUCGUUUACAUCUGUGACCAUCCAUGGGUGAACAUGGGCUGUGAAGCGUCAUGUCUGGAGAUAGCGGAGGCCUUGGCAGCUGAGACUCCGGUGCGACUCGACCUGUUGCUGUCGUUAGCGCCUGCGGCUCCGUCUAACACCAAUAGCGUGGUUGUUCCAGAGCAAUCCGAGCUGGGUGGUCCCACAGAGAGCUGCACUGACCUCACCAGUUCCACUUCUAUGGCAGUGGAGCCCAGCAAUUCUGCUGAGAAACGGAUAUUGGAACUUGUUGCAGAGGGCGGCGAAGACGCCAUAAAGCCUUCCCCGACGCGCACGAUAGUGGCGGCCGCAGACAACAAACGCAAGUUGGAGCUCGCCAUGUCCGGCACCGGCCUGCAGAGGAAGAGGGAACGGGUUGCCAGUUCAGCAAGCAUAGCAGGUGCGCCCGCACUGCCGGAAGAGGCUUGCGUACCCGAUGAAGACAAUGCGGGGCCGCAAGAUGGGUCUAGUGCUGAAAUGCCUCGACCCUCUCUGAAGUCAUCGGCCACCAUCACGAUAUCUCCGACUCCGGCCGCGGUAGAGUUGAGCCAAGCCCCCCCUGAAGAGAUCAAAAAUGCACUAAACGAAGAGAUAAAAGAAGAAAAGCCCAAAACUAAGAGAGCCAUCUCCAAAGUUGACGUCCCAGAGAAGCAAAACGAAUCUAAAGUGGAAGACGGCAAGCCGUCCGUGGCGGCCGCCGCAGACAAGUUGACGUCUUUGUCCAUUUCUCAGCCGGCACCCGCCUCCCCCUCCGCCCCCUCCGCCCCCGUCAAGCCCAAGAAGCUGUCUAUAGGAGGUCACGUGGGCAGCUUCAAGGAGCAGUUCGAGAGACGAGCGUCGCUCACCACUCCCCCGGAAGUCAAACGGACCGUCACCAAACCUGUGGUGUCGAAGAUCGCGAAGCCGAAAGCCCAGAGCGAGGACCGGGAGAUGAACAAGCCCCUGGACAACGGGACGGUGAGGCUUCAGCAGAUCGGCAUCGAGCCGUCGCCGUCUGUGCCGUUCGAGGAGCCUCAAACGCAAAUGAACCGGGGUGGAGUGAAGAAGACAGAGAGUGAACCCACUCACCACACACAGGUCGACCCUGCGGUCUUGCUGCAGGACGCCAGGAGGAGUCUCCAGAGUUCGAUGGCGAAGUUGGCGGAGGAACGGGCCGGCGAAGAGAACAGACGACGCGCCGCAAGAGACAUUAUUUCCUCUGCUAUCAGAACGGGCAAGCCUCCCGUGCCCUACGGCAGGUCCUCGUCAGCCGGAGUGACGUCGCUGGCGUCUCCGCCGUCCACUCCCCCCGCGGCCCCGCCCUCCGCCUCUCCCAAGGUCUUCAAAACGGAGGCACACCACCGGGUGGAGGAUCACCGCAACAGGGGUCUGUCGGUGGAACGCAUAAUACCGAUAAGCGUGGCCCCGGAGGAGAGUCCCACGUCUCCGACGUCUACGUCCGCGAACGCGCACGUUCCCACGCACAAGCCCGCGCCCAGGUCGACGCAUACGCCACUUAGACGUCUGGCGUCAACGGAAUCGACGGGCACGGGCGAGCCGAGUCCUAGCACGGGCGAGCCGAGUCCUAGCACGGGCGAGCCAAUAAAGAAAUCGGCUCGGGAGUUCAUUAUACCCAUCGCGGUGGAGGGCAAGGGGUACGUCACACCCAGACAACGGAGUCUCGAGCCCGACGCGUCGCCUUCGCCCAGGGUUCACCCGCCCCGGCUUACACCUCGGCGCAUCAGCAGUUUAGUGAGUGGCGGUGAAUCUGAAGAAGAAGAUGACACACAUAUGCAUCGAUUGAGAUCAAGCCGCUUGGCUCGAGCGGAAUCCGUGUCCUCUGGCGAAGAGGACGAGGAAGACGAGGGUUUCCAUCUGUUGACAGCUGAAAACCUCUUCUCCACGCUUUUGCAUAGAGUUCGCGCGUUAACUCAGCGGUUAAACGGCGAAGAAGGCCCGGGCUUCUCCCAACAUCCGCACUCGCUCUUCAACAACCUGCAUUCGCCGUUCUUCAAUAGCCCUCAUUUGCCGCGGAGGCAUUUCAUGCGCGAAGGCUGGGGUUCGCGAGACAUGCAGUCGCCGUUCGAGUCCAUGUUCAACAAGUCGCGUCAGACACCGCGCGGUAGUAGUAAGAAGGGCAAAGCGCGGACCGGCGACGACGACGAGCGUGAAGGCGACGCGGGGCUAGAUCUCUCGGACCUCGACUUGAGCUCGAUUCGGUUCUCCGAGCGCGAGAUGCGCGCCCUGUCGGGCCUGACGCCGGCGCUGUCUCGGCGCCUGCAGCGGCAGCUCUUGCGGCAUCUGCCGCCUCACGCCGCUCGCUCCUUGCGACGCACGCUCUCUCUCGGCGCCGACCGAUCCGAGCCGGCGGACGACCCGCGAGAGGCUCCCGCCGACGACGACGCACAUUCGCGAGAACCUCCCGAAACCGAAAUCGACGAAGUCCCGCGAGCUUCAGCCUCCCAAUUCUGCACUCUGCCGCGUUCGAGACGACGUUCUAGUGCGUCGCGGGAACUCGCGUCUCCCACUUCCCCUCUCGUCGACCGCAAUUGUACAUUUAAAAUGGCGGCUCCGCGGGACUCGAGCGGAUCGCGCCCGGAGUCCCGCGGCGCUACCGAUAGACCUCUACUGAGUAAAUAUUUUUCCGAGAGAACGACUUCUUUAGACGACACGUACGCGUCGGACGGAGGCAGUCUAGUCACCGACCCCAGUUAUAUUGCUGCGUACGGUCCGCCCGCUUACGCUGACACAACGGGUCAAAAUUUCAGACGACAUUCCCUGAGAUUAUCCGGCGAUCGACCCACCAAACGUAUUUCCAGAUUUCUCAGAUCAGAUUUCUUCGAAUCACCACCUGACGAAAGUGUUUACACUAAACACAAAAAAGAAAAAGAAUUAGAAACUCAAAAAAUAUUGAAGGAAAUAAGGGAGAAGAGAAGUAGGGCUUCGGACGGUGCAUCGACGACCCCCACUGAUGUAAACGACGCUCAGAGUUGUAUAAGCGAGGAUAUAACGCGCAAAUGCAUGUCACCUACGAGUGUAUUAAUUGGUAAAGAUCGAAGUAGAUCAACCACGCCUUUUUUCCCCAGUUUAGAUAAUAUUAAGGAAAACACAGCUGAUUCAUCGACUAUACUGAAAACGAAAAAUAUCUGCAAUGAAACACGAGACUCACAUAUUAGGAUUAAUAAUGAAACUUCGUCCAACCAAGAAACAAGGAUAGUCCGACCUAAAAGUUAUCCAGCUAAAAGCAUCAAAACAUGCGACACUAACAAAACCGAAAGUGAAAGAAAAUCAAGUAGAGAAAUCGAAACUGAGAAUAAAAAUACUACAUCUACGGAAUCAAAAUUAUUAAGACCUAAGAGUUACCCGAAUAAUACGAAUCUGUUAAAUAAAACGAAUUCCAACCGCACUAUUAGGAAAGACGAAUGCAAAAGUUCCACCUUAAAUGAGAACCCUCCUCCUACACCGGAAGCAAAAACUGAUGUAGAAGUUAGUUUUAACAUAACACUGCCAAGAAAAACAAAACCUAACCCGACGAGCAAUUCAUCAGAGGUUUUCUCACAAAAUGAAAAUCUUAACGCUAGGGAAGAUAAAACGAAAGUAGAGAAUGGGUCGUCAAAUCUUGUCUUAAGAAAGUAUAAAGUAGUUAAUUCCACACAGAGAGAAAUGCCUUCAGCCGUGGAUCAAAAUAUAAUAAAUGAGAGUAUUGUGGACAGUGCAGAUGCUCUACGAAAACGUAAUUAUGCCAAUUCCAUAAAAAAUAACAUCUCAAGUAAUGGUUUUACUCGAGAUAAUAGUAUGCCGAAAGAUGAGUCAAAAGAAGAAAAGAAGGUUAUAAAAAAGAAAGUAAUUAAAAAAGUAUCUUCGAAGUCAAAGGCUGAAUUAGGAAACGACAAAAAAUCUAAUGAUAAGAAAAUUGUCGCUAAGAAACAUAAAGAUAAAUCACCCGAGGAUAGUAAACAAAAUAAUGUUACUAAGAAAAAGUCAGUUCUACAGUCGAUAGGUCACAAAUUAGAAAAAUUGACUUCUUCAAAAUCUAACUCACCAGAGAAAACAUGCCAAAAUAGCUCAAUAAAGGCUAGUAAAAAAGAAACUAGUAAACUAAGGACACAAAGGGAGCAUUCCGUUCCGGUCGAACCGCCCACCGAAUCGAAUCUCAUCAAGAGAGCUGUAACUGUCACAGAUGUGGCCGCACUGGAAAACCAAAUUAGUACACAGAAUAAAACGGCAGUUUCUAAAGUGUUGGGAUUAUUUAAGAAAUUUGAACCGAAAGAAAAACAGAUGAAGCUUAAUUCAGAAAAUGCACGAAACAAUAUUGAGGAACAAAAUAUUUCGGCAGAAAUUGAAAGUGAUAUUGAAAAACCUCAAAGACCAUCGUCUCUGUUAUUGAAUGGAGUGAGUCGUAAAAGUAAUAAAUAUAAUAAGACUAGUAGCGAUAGUUGCACCGCCCUUCCGACUGAUAAUGAUGAAAAGUUAACGAAGAAAGAGGAAACGAAGAGCAUUCGUAGCACCCUAAAGUUGGACUUUUCAAAACUUCCUAGAGUGAAGAAAAUAGUUCCUACUAAUCCUGUGAUAGAACCUCAAAUAAUGGAUACGUCAAUGGACAAAGGUAAAGUUGGAAAAAGUGAAACAAAUGGUGAUUGUAUAUCGGAAGGAAUGGCCAAGUUAGACUUAGGUGAUACCACAAGUAGAAGUAGAUCUAGAAGUAGAUCGAUAUAUUCUAAUUCCGACGUUAAAUCUGAUCAUAGCGCUGAAAUAAAAGAGAAAAACCUCAUCUCUCCCAGCAGUCUUUAUCCUAUCCGAAGUCACGAUUCGACCACCCCAGAGAAAGAAGAUGUCGGGGACAGAAUACGCAGAAAAAGCUUUUACUCUAGAUUUAAUGAAAAGAAACAACGUAGAAAAAGUAACUUAGUCGGUCCCGGCGCCCUCGAAUACGAUCCCGUGGCUAGAAUAUACUCGCACUCGACCGAUAAAUACGACGCUUCGCCCACUUCCCCCAAUACAUAUGACAUUUCGCCCGGCUAUUCCGUGUCUUCGGACGCGUCUCCUUCGACCGACCGUUAUAGAAUCUCGCUCGCCGACCUACCUCGAAAUAAUUUACGAUACGACAGCCUCAACGAUAAAGUAGACACGUAUAGAUCUCUAGACAGGAGUGACCUAAGAAAAUAUUCAGGAACACGAAGCUAUCUCGACUACGACCAACCGUCGUCCUACGGCCAGAAUAGGUAUUCCAGAACGAAAUCCCUGUUGGAGACUUCGGACGGCGCCGACAAUCUCGGCCUCAGCCUUCUGAAGGAACCGCACAAGUAUAACAGGACGAACUCUCUGUACGCCCCCGGGAGCUACGCCACGUAUCGCCCUAAGAGGACCCAACUCAACUCUGCCAUAAUAUUGAAAGAGAGCGAAAAGGAACCGAGCCCGGAAAACAUUCUUGAAAAAAUCCGUAAUAGAAAAUACUCGAUCAGAGUGACACGAAAGUCUGACUCCGACAAGGAUUCCACGUCGAGACCCGCUGGCUCAUCUCAAGGCGAAGGCGACGGUGCAGAACGCUCUGAGAAAGGCGACUGAGAGGCGUUGACGACGAGUUGAGCGUUUCUCAUCUGUUUUAUUUAUUAGUCCUUCUUGAAUCUCUUCUAGGUAAUUCACCGUUUCCUAUUGUCGAUCUGAACUCCGAGCGUAGGGACAUCUUGCCAACGGUAGAAGUCGCUUGCAUUUCAUAGUUAGUACUUAGACUAAUGCACAUUGAAAUCUCUUUAGUGACAAAUUAGGAAUGAAUGAAUGAAUGUCGGUAAGUCAUCUCAUAAUCAUUUUCGAGUCGUUUGCUUCCUCGAUGCGUUUAAUUCUCGAAGCGGACGUUGUUCGAUGAACGUAUUGGAAUUUUAGUAUUCUAAUCGCCAAACAUAUAUAUUCAAUGAAUUUUAUACAUGUAUAAUAUCUUACGCCAAAUAUUUAUUCGUAUUACCAUUAUAUUAUACACUAAUGAAAUUAAUUGAUAGUUAUCGAAUUGAUUUGCUGAAACAUUAAGAAUUGACUCACGUGCCUUUAUGCGACUGGAUUUGUCCAUUUAUUUAACGCGAGAUGAAACAAACGCGUGUCUGCACAAAUGACGUAUUUAUGUCCUACUGUGGUGCAACGAUCGGAUUUAGUUUAACUAUUUAUCAGAAAGUAUUGUUUGCUAAGUCAAGUAACAGAUAUCGAAUAGAAUGGUGCUUAGUUGAAGAUUUUCGUAGAAUAUUAACGUAUUAAGUCUUAUGUAAGGUAGAAACAGUGUUCCCUAAAGAAAUAACUAUUUUGUUGACCGUUCAGAAGUAUUUUCAGUAGUUUUAACUUAAUUUGUUGCCAUUUCAUUGUUAGGUAUACGAUUAAUUAACGUUUAAGAAAUAAUUUAUCAUUUAUACUCAUAUUUAUUUGUAAUCGUAACGUAUUGCGCUAUUUAUUUGUGUGCGACAUAAUACUGUUUUCUUGGUCACGGUUUUGAUACUUUGAACUGUGAAGUGUUGAAUAAUAUUGUAAUUCCCAUCAUACGUUUUGUAUUGAAUGUCAAUAAAUUAUAUAGUUGGAA